UCUAUUUUUGGAUCUAGGGAAACGUUGAAAGUGAAAGCAGUUGACCGGUAAAAAUACAAGUAAAUGUCAGUUACAGCUGUGGAACAGUCGCUCUUAAGGUCUUGGCGAUAUUUUUUGGCUUCUAGAUGGCAGACAAGUUAUUUAACUGUAGAUUUGCCAGAGAGUUUGCCAAUGUAAACCUUAUCUGCUUCCCAUGGGCUGGAGGUGGAUCAAACUUUUAUGCACUCUGGGGAAAAGAUUUGCCAGAUUUUAUUGAAGUUCAUGCCAUUACAUUGCCAGGAAGAGAGAGUAGAUUUAAGGAGCCAUGUUUGAAAGAACUUAAUCCUUUGGUGGAUGAUCUUGUGGAGAAAAUAAACAAUAAAUUUUCUAAGAAAAAAUUUGCAUUUUUUGGACACAGUUUGGGAUCAUUACUGAGUUUUGAGGUAGCUAGAAAACUGAAGAAUAAAUACAACAUAGAACCAUUGAAAAUGUUUAUAUCUGGAGCAUCACCAUCACAUUCAUCAUAUAGGAAACAAGAUCCAAAGUUUGGCAAAAUGACAGAUGCAGAAUUUAAAACAUUCUUGGAAAAACUAGGUGGAACACCAAAAGAAAUAUUAGACAAUGAUGAAAUAAUGGAGUUAUAUUUACCUGCACUUAAAGCAGAUUAUGGCUUGUUAGACCAGUUUGAUUUCCAACCCGAGCCUGGUAAAGCAGUAGUGUCCUGUCCAAUUCAAAUGUAUGAUGGAGAUCAUGAUAAAAAACAUGAUGAUGAUGCAUGGAAAGAAUUAACCAGUGGAUCCUUUAGUUUACAGUUUUUACCUGGAGGACAUUUCUUUCUAAAAGAGAAGAAUAACAUUGAUUAUUUACUGGAUUCUAUAUCUAAAAAUCUUGCCUAGAUAAAUUUCUAUGUUUAAAUGGCUUUAGCUUAGUUAGUCUUAUAGACAAACUCCAUUCCUAUUCAUGCUAAAAUAUAACUACAAAUAUCUAUAAUUGGUUAGAUAAGAUUUCUAUCGUUUCACGUCAUUAUUAUAAUAAGUAGAUUUUGAUGAAAUUUGAAUUAAACCAGCCAGAAAUGGUUUUUGUAUGUAAAAACUUGGGUAUGAGACCGUCUCCAUACCGGUUUUUUGAAAUUGUUAUUUCCCUUUAAAAAACCUAUCUCCUUAUUUUGAGUAAAGACUCUCCGUAAUGGAGAGAACUUACUCAAUAAAUCUGUGUUCUCUUUUUUGGUCAACAACAAUUUGCUUAUUCUGUAAAAACUGAAAUUUUUUAACAAUUUAUUUUUACACAUAACAGAGUGCCAUCCAUCCGUCCGUCCGUGUGUCUGUCCGUCCGGUCUUGUUAGCGCUCUCAUGUGUACAAUUUUUGCCAGAUUUUUAUAAACUUAUAUCAUAAAUUUAUAUCAACAAUGUCGCGGACAAGUUCAAAAAUCAGUGCUGAUCAGCUAUUUUUAAAAGAGUUAUGUUCCUUGGAAAUAUUAAUUAUAUGGAAAAUUGCAUUGUUAGUACUCUUAUGUGAACAAUUCUUGCCAGAUUUUUAUAAACUUAUAUCAUAAAUUUAUAUUAACAAUGUCUCGGACAAGUUCGAAAAUCAGUGCUAAUCAACUAUUUUUAAAAGAGUUAUGCCCCUUGGAAAUAUUAAUUAUAUGGAAAAUUGCAUUGUUAUUACUCUCAUGUGUACAGUUCUUGCUAGAUUUUUAUAAACUUGUAUCAUAAAUUUAUAUCAACAAUUUCUCGGAUAAGUUGGAAAAUCAGUGCAGAUCAAAUAGUGUUAAAAGAGCUAUUCCCCUUGGAAAUAUUAAUUUUAUGGAAAAUUGCAUAGCAAGCACUCUCAUGUGUACAAUUUUUGCCAGAUGUUUUUUCAAAUUUAUAUCAAAGGUUUAUAUAAGCAAUACACAGAUUCAGUGCUGAUUAAAUAUUUUUAAAAGAGUUACCCCCCUUGGAAAUAUCAAUUACAUUGGAAAUAACAUUUUAUUUGCUUCCUAGCCUUCAUUUCUGUAAGACAUUUGUAAAAAGAUUUAAAGAACAAAAAAAAAGGAUUUUUGCAGUAAUUGCCCUUUGGAUAGAUAAAAUAUGUGCAGUGCAGGGGACAUUGGAACUCUAUUGUUUUAUUAUUUUUUUGUAUGCUAAAUUUUAUAAGAAAAAAUAUAAAACUGAUAAUUUAACAGCAAUUAGUAAAAUGAAAUAUCUAAAUAAACGAUGCAAAAUGGGUUAUGCUGACAUCUUGAUGAUGCUUGUUCUUGGUGUUGAGGUUUUGCUGUCUCAUGGAUGAAAUCACAUUGUUGAUUCCUAUAUGAGAAGUGUUCUAAAAAUAACUUCAUUAGAGAGAGAGACUAAUGACAGUUGUAUUGUUACCCUUAUGGUGAUCAAUUGUAAGGUCUUACUCUUUUAUCACCACUAUCUUCUAAAUUUGAAGAAAACAGCUUAUUCAGUGUUAAGUGAAAUUGAAAGAAUUUGUGAAGUAAUAUCAACUACAAUUUACAUGCAGUUAUAUUAUAGUCAAUGAAGUUGUUAUUUUUUCUAAUUUAGGCAAUACAGUGUGUACUCAUUUUUUUAUUCAAAGCUUUUAUAUUAAUUAACAAGAUUUUUUACCUUUUUUUCAUGUAGAAAUAAAUUAUAUCUAUUAGCAUAAUACAAAAAAAAAAUUGUGUUUAGUGCUUUUGCUUCACCUACUUUGCCUCAUGUGAAAUUUGACUAAAAACUAACAACAUUUUUAUCUGGAACAUUUAUAUAACAGACAAAUGUCAGCAAAAUCCUGUGAGCUUUUUCUACUUUUGCUUUAAGAAUAUUUAUUUAAAAAAAAAGAUAUCUAUUAUUUCCAGUACAGAAAACAGAACCAUUAUUGAUCAUCUUACAUCAUUGACAGUCACCGCAAAGUCAAAGUCAUCUUUUAGUAUACUUUUUCUUAGCAGCAAACACAAAAAGAUGGAAGUAAUUAUAAACAGACAUUUUUGCUUUACCUACCUUGAUAUAAAUACAAUUUGAAUGACAAGUGCAAUAAUGGAAAAUUUGUUCAUCUGUGACAUACAAAUUUCUGUAAAAUCAUGUUGGUUGUUACUACACGUUUUAUUAAGUAUUUUAUUUUAUAAAGUUUUUUGUUGUUGCCUGCCAAGAAAUGAAACCAAACCACUAUUAGCCAUCACUGUCACACUUUCCCACUAAUUAAUUUGAACAAAAGCAUUAAUAGAAUUAAAAUAUAACAUCAAUUUUAUGAUAAGCUAGUUUCA